AUGUCUGGAGCAGCCAAGAACCAGCUGAAUGUAAUCAAUGCUAAAGAGGAGAGGAAGCUCAGAAAGCCACUGAUUGAACGCAAGAGAAGAGAACGAAUCAAUUUCUGUUUGGAGCAGUUGAAGGAAACCGUAAUCAGAGCAUUCCAACUUGAUCAGUCCAAACUGGAGAAAGCAGAUAUCCUGGAGAUGACCGUUAGGCAUCUGGAAAACAUCCAGAGAAACAGAAAUGCAGGUGACUCUCUCCAGGGUGUUGAUGCUCAGCAGAGAUUUAGCACAGGAUACAUUCAGUGCAUGCAUGAACUGCACACUUUGCUGCUCUCCUGUGACUGGAUGGAACCAGCCCUUGGAGCCCGUCUUCUCAAUCAUCUUCUAAAAUGUCUUCCAAAAACAAUGGACGGGAGCACUCAGUCCCCCUCACAGAAUGAGGGUAGCCCUGGGAGGAGAUCUUCAGCUGGUUUGCAGACUAAGCAUGAUACAGUACAAACCUCUGCACUCACCAUAGGUGAUGAGGUUACACAGACACACUGCGCUUUCGUGGGGUCACUACAUAUGUGGAGACCCUGGGAGAAGAUGCAUCACAGCUUCGAUAACCUAACUCCCACAACUAAAGCUCAAUCUACGCGAGGGGUCAGCUCAACCCCUGUAAAGGCGAAUGACAUAGACCCAACAGCAGACUACGUGAGUUCCCAGCUUCACUCACUGAUCCCUCCCAAACAGCUCUCUAACCCUCCCACUAAUAAAACACCAUCUUUGGAUAUCAGGUCAGUCUUCCUGCUGCACUUUUUCAGUGUUCACAGCACAGGUGGCAGCUAUAGGGAGAUUUGA